CAAUGCAAGGCAUAUGCCAAGGAGGUGGAAUUGUUGAAAGGACAAGUGAGGAAUGUACUGCUGCUAGUAGGCAGCAGUAAUAAACUGAUGGAGAAAAUUCUUCUUAUCAACACACUCGAACGUCUUGGUGUAUCUUAUCAUUUUGAAGGGGAGAUUGAAGAGCUUCUACAACUAAUGUUUGCUAAUUUUCAAGAUGACAGCAUUGAUGACUUUGAUUUGUUCACUACUUCAGUUCAAUUUCGCAUAUUCAGACAACAUGGUUACAAAAUACCUUCUAGUGUAUUCAACAAAUUCAAAGGCACAACCGGGAAAUUCAAGAAGUCCUUAGUUCAGGAUGUGAUGGGAAUGCUGAGCUUGUAUGAAGCAGCAUGUGUAGGGACACAUGGAGAAGAUAUUCUAGAUGAAGCUCUUGCUUUUAGCAAAACCCACCUCCUCUUGAUGCUACCAAGUUUAAACCCUAAUCUUGCAAACCAAGUGAAACGCGCUUUGCAUCGUUGCCUCCAUAGGAGCAUGCCUAGAUUGGAAGCACGACACUACAUAUCAUUCUACGAAAAGGAUCCUUCAAGGGAUGAACUGUUACUUAGGUUUGCCAAGGUGGAUUACAAUCUACUGCAGCUAUUGCACAAGCAAGAAAUUUGUGAUGUCUCAAGGUGGUGGAAUGAAAUGGAAAUUCCUGCUAAACUUCCUUAUGCGAGAAAUAGGCCAAUUGAGAGUUAUUUUUGGAGUUCAUUUGCCUAUUUUGAGCCACAGUACUCAUUUGCACGGGUAAUUCUAGCUAAAGUUAUCAUGGUGAUGACACUUUUAGAUGAUACCUAUGACGCAUAUGGUACAUUUGAAGAAUUGAAACAAUUUACUAAUGCGGUGGAGAGGUAUGUUGUUACAUAA